UUUCGAUGUCUAAUGCGGCAACAUUCACAAAAUGUAUUUGUGUUCUAUUGGAUAUAAAUUUUCUAGGUUUUUUGCUACCACAAAGAAAGCCUUUAGCAGAACGGUGGAAUUUUACACAGGCGACGAAAGUCAUUCCUAUACCGCUGAGUGAAUGACAUGAUUGGAUUAUUUAUUUUACAAGUAAAUGCUGUCGCUUAAAAUGUGGCAGUAAUUUGGAAUAAAGUGUGAUUGUUAACUUCAAUAUUAUAUUACUUUGGAUAUAACGAAAAUGAUGCUUGAAAUAAUUGUUAAAUAUAUCGAAAGUACAUAAAAAUAUUUCUUGAAUGCUGUGUGAGAUUAAAAAAUAUUAUCGUUUGUUAAAAUUUUGCUAGGGUAUAUUAAUCAUAAUUCCAAGAAUUAAUAGGCAAACACAUACACAUGGAUAUAAAAUAUUUUGAAAUACAUCUAAAUAAAAUGAAAUUAAAAUUUAUGAAAAUAACAUUUAUUCAACAAAUAAAAGCUACAAAAUACUUUCAUAUAGCCACUUUUUUAAUUGUUUUUAUUUAUAUACAUGAACCUCAAAUAAAUUCCUUUAACUUAACUCAAUUAAUUAUUUAAAUAAUUGCAUACUCUAACUGUAUUGAUUCAUUGACAUUUAUCAGAUUUAAAUAAAUCGAAAACAGAUACCUAUCUCAAAGCCAACAAUUAAUGAGCAUUUUAUUGUAAUGUAUCAAUUUGAAAGGUACAUUUACAAACGUUUGUUCAAUACACACUCUCGGAUGUUUAGGCGAUGCUUAUUAUUAUACCAAAGUAUCUAUUAAAAUUGAAUGCAUUCGCAAUGGCAUCGAAAGGAAUUAAAUACAUAUUUACGUACGUGUUCCUCUUGAUAAUUUGUGAUUGUGUAUUCGGAGAUGCCAAAAAAGGCCGCAUUGUAAUUGCUGGAUUAUUUCCAUUAUCUGGAGUACCCGAAGGUGUCAUUGGACGUGGUGUUACACCAGCUGUUGAAUUAGCUGUUGAUAUGGUCAACAACAGACAUGAUCUAUUACCUGAUCACAACCUUCAAAUUGUCCCAAGUGAUACCAAGUGUGACAUGGCUGUAGCAACAAAGUUUUUCUUCGACAUGGUAGACAGUAACAAUACGAUGGUGAUGGUAUUUGGUGAUGCCUGUUCCUCAGUGUCAGGACCUAUAGCUGAAAUAUCAAAGGAGUGGAAUGUGUGGCUGUUGUCCUAUGCAGACACAGACCCUGCUCUUUCCGACAGGAAGAAGUAUCACAACUUUUACAGAACUGUUCCGAGUGAUAACGACUUUAACCCAGCAAGGCUUGCUCUACUGAGAAAAUUCAACUGGACACAAUGUGGAAACCAUCUUCCCGGUGCACAUAACCACUUAAUAUCUUUACUUGAAAAAUCUGACGUGAAUAUUAUAAAAUCGACAGCGUUUGUUAGUGAUCCGGGACCUGCAAUACGUACUCUCAAAAAAACUGAUACGCGCAUUAUUCUUGGAAACUUUGAUGAAAAGAUGGCGAGACAAGUCUUCUGUCAUGCACACAACAACCGCAUGUUUGGUCAUAAGUAUCAAUGGAUAAUACUAGGCGGGUAUGCGGAGAAUUGGUGGGCUGUUGACGAUCCGAAUGUCUCCUGUACCCCAGCAGAACUCAAUCAGACGAUCCAUGGUUACAUAUCAACAGAUAUACUCCCUAUUAGCAGUAGUAAGAGAAGGACAGAAUCUGGAUUGACCCCAAACAAUUACAUGAAACAGUACAAUGAUACCAACAAGGGCCAGUACAGUAAAUUCAAUGGCUAUGCAUUUGAUGGCGUUUGGGUUAUUGCAAAAGCAGUGGACAAAAUAAUAAAGAAGGCACAGGGAAAAGGAAACACUUCAAGCGUUCAUAUUAACGGUGCUAUGUUCAGAGGCGAUAAGAUAUCAGCUGCUUUAAAUGACACAAAUUUUAGAGGAGUGACGGGCACGGUGCGCUUCAAUGGUGGAGACAGAAUAGGUUCCAUCUUAUUUGAACAGUAUCAGGGCAAUAGAAUGGUAAAAAUUGCGGAAUACCACAAAAUAAGGGACAAACUAACUUACAAAAAUACUCACAAAAUUCUAUGGCGAGGGAAGGGGCCACCGAUAGAUAGAAAGCUAAUACGGGUGGAGUAUCAAAGGGUUCCGAAGAGUAUUUAUUUCAGUAUUUGUACCCUUGCUGGAGUCGGCAUCAUUUUAGCUAUAUUCUUCCUCAUCACAAAUAUUAUAUUUCGAGAACAUAGGUACAUAAAAAUGUCGUCGCCUAAUUUGAACAACAUCAUCAUUGUCGGAUGUAUUUUCACAUAUCUUAGUGUACUGCUCCUAGGAACCGACGGAGGGGUUGUUAAUAUAUUCUACUUAGGUCAUAUAUGUACAUCUCGUGCAUGGGUUCUUUCCGUUGGUUUUACCUUGGCAUUUGGUGCAAUGUUUAGUAAAACUUGGAGAGUUCACUCUAUAUUCACAGAUAUAAAACUUCAUAAAAAGGUUAUUAAAGACUAUAAAUUAAUUUUGGUUGUGACAAUAUUAUUGAACAUCGACGCCGCUAUAUUGGUAACAUGGCAAAUACUGGAUCCUCUACAAACAUCUACAAAAAAUCUUACAACGAUGGUUGAAGGUGAUUUAGAUAUUGUACCCGUGAUUGAAUACUGCAAAAGUAAACAUAUGUCAAUUUGGCUAGGCCUUAUAUAUGCUUAUAAAGGUCUAUUACUGGUUUUUGGUUGUUUUCUGGCCUGGGAGACCCGGCAAGUUAGUAUCCCAGCAUUGAACGAUUCUAAAUAUAUUGGAAUGAGCGUCUACAAUGUAGUGAUCAUGUGUGUAUGUGGCGCUGCGGUCUCUGUCGUCAUCAAUGAUCAACCUACGUCAUCAUUCGUCAUCAUCAGCUUCUUUAUCAUCUUCUGCACAACCAUCACGUUGUGUCUUGUCUUUGGACCAAAGCUUCUGGAACUAAAGAGGGACCCUACAGGAGAGGAGCGACGGAUUCGAGCCAAGUUACAAAAGCCAAAGAAACAAACUAGUCGAGAAGAGGCUAACUAUGACCUGCAUAAAAAGAAUGAAGACCUGCAGGCAGAAAAUAUCAAAUUUAGAAAUAUCAUAUCUGAGAAAAUGCGUAUUUUACAUGAUUUAAUGGAGCAGUUGGGAGAAGAUACACAUGAGAUAUAUUUUGCUGGUAAAAGUCCUAUACAUAAAAAGGUUGUAGAACUAAGAUUAGCUGACUCGUCGCCUAGUAAAUUUUCUACUGGGUCGGAUGCAGACAAUGGUUCAUUAUUUUCUGAUAUAAGCUGUGGGUCGGCAACAUGGACGAUAGGAAACAACAGUCCUGCCAAUAAGUUUCAUUUCAACGUGAAUAAAUCUGUGACGUCAGCGUGUACCGAUACGUCUGUGAUAGAAUGCGCUGAUGACGUCAGCAAGCACAUAGGAAAAUCAAGUCUAUCCAAAUCACGAAGAUUCGACGAUGAUGAUGACGACGACGAUGAUGAAGACCAAGGUGAAGACGAUGUAUUUGGUGGUGUGUAUUGUGGACCUCCUAAACAUAGAGGAUCAAUAGUAACAAACAACAUACACAAGGAAAACGGACGAGCUAAACCGGUAACAGAGGUACACCCUCUGGUCCACACAGUUCCAAAUAGAAGUUAUAACACGACCGACAAUGACUUUUCUAGACCUGUACUUAGCACAAUGAAGGUUGGAUCGGUUGACAUGGACAAUGCAGUAUCCAAGGAAUUACAUCCCGUUACGGACUCGAAGAGAAAUUCCUUACUCGGAAAUAAACGUAAACUACGUAAAAUAACGUUUAUGUUUCCAAACCAGACACAAUAUAGUGUUUCAAAUAAUAUCAGCAAUAUCCAGGCAAUCAGCAGUGAGCACAGGAAACGGAAAAAUGUCCAGAAUAAAGCUGACUGUACCAGCAACCUUGCUUGUGAUAUAAUUGAGCACAUUUAGGCAAAGUCACGUGACAUGCUAGU